UCCGUGACUUUAGCGCUUCGUCAGUUGCGUACUCUUCCGUUCAAGCAGCUUAUGACAUUUUUUUCUGUUACUACAAGAUGUUUACUUGGAUGAGCCGUGCGAAUUUCGACGAGGAUCCCGAUAAUUCCACGUGCAAAGCCACCAUGAAACUGCUAAGGAGACAACAGUAACUGGAAGGUACGUGAUCCGGCGUGGUUACGGGCGGCCCGGGUAUGUUUAUAGCCUGCAAACUCUGACAUAGCAAUGGCGUACUGUCGCCGUAAAGGCCGUGCCAACAAAAUUCUACCCUGCCUUAUUUAGUCUAAGUUAAGUGUGCACGCGGGAAACCAACAGCAAAACAAUGUCUCGUAUGUGAUGAUACCGUUGUUAGUGACAAGAACAGUUUGUGAUUUUUGGUGAUGAAAAGUGGCGUUUUUCGGUGAUUAUAGUGCCUCGGUUUUCCCCACUGUGUAAUGACCGCCGAUUGUCGAGCGGCACGCCAUCCUGCUGUAGCUGACUGAGGUCUAUACUGUAAAGAGAUUAAAAACUAUGACUACAUAGCAACGUAGAGGUGCCAUGGAUGAUGAAGAGCGUCUUGAGGGUGAGGAAGAAAUGGAACUAGAUGAAGCCUCUGAUGGUGAAGAUGAAGAUGAAGAAACAACAGGGAUUCCUGUAUCACCAGCAAAUUCAGAUCAAUUACUUGGCCCUGUACCAACAACUCCUGGUAAUAAGGAAGCACAAAAGUUUGUUUCUCUUGCAGUAACCCCAGAUGAAGCUUUUCAUGAUCCUUUACGGUACCAGAAAUUUCCACUCCCUGGAGGUAAACCUCUAAAUAUUAGGCGGGGUCCAGGUAGACCUAGAAAAGAACGGCCACCUGGAAUUACACGUGGUGGAGGUACUCGUAGACCUUUUGGGAGAGGAACGACUAGAGGAAAAGGUCUUGGAUAUGCAAGAGGUGUACCACGUCGUACUAAAAGUAAAGAUGAUGAUACACAUUCAGAAUCCCCAAGUCCUCUUCGUCUUGGUGAAGAUGCUACUCCUGAUGGAGAGACAUCUAACACUGAGAGAUGCAUGCCAGCACCAGAAGAACCACCAUAUUUUCCAGAACAAUGGCCAGGGAAAGUAUGUGCUUUAUGUAAUUUGGGUGAAAGAAGUCAAUUAGGGCAGGGUGAGUUGUUAAGAUUUACCUGUCCUGAAGGUUUUACCCCUGAAAAGUCAACUAAUCGUGACGAAACAACCGAUCACCUUGUUGAUAUAUCUACUGGAGACAAAAGCCCGAGAACAGCAGGUCCUGGUGCUGUGACUUGUCGUAGGCAAAAGAGUCUAGCUAAGUGCAGAAAUACUAGUCUAACAAAUUUUUCGGAACCAGUGGAAGAAUUAACCAUAGUAGGAUAUUCGGAAGAACCGGAAAUAGGAACGUUAUUUGAGUCAACUGGGCACUAUUAUGUUCAUCAAUCUUGUGCAGUAUGGUCAAGCAACACUCAAGAGAUAACAACAGAAAUAUUAAGCCCAGCGGUAGUACAAGCUUCAUCGAGACGUUGCGCUUGUUGUUCUCAUUAUGGAGCUGGAAUUCCUUGCAAAGUGGCGUCGUGCAAUCGUUAUUUUCAUUUACCAUGUGCUGCAGCUUCAAGUUGUUUCCAGGAUACAAAGAGUUUGUCCCUCUUUUGUAGUCAACACUUGGGACAAGUUCCACUUUUGUUGAACGGUGACAUUACUUGUAUGCAUUGCUGUGGGAUGGGAGAUGUUUCCAACCUAGUAAUGUGUUCCAUCUGUGGCCAACACUACCAUGGUAGUUGUGUCGGUUUAGCACUACUACCUGGUGUACGAGCUGGCUGGCAAUGUGUAUCUUGCAGAGUAUGUCAAGUGUGCCGUCAACCAGAGGAUGUUUCAAAAGUAAUGUUGUGUGAACGUUGUGAAAAAGCAUACCAUCCUAGUUGUUUACGACCAAUUGUUACAUCUAUACCUAAAUAUGGUUGGAAGUGUAAGUGCUGCCGUGUAUGUACAGACUGUGGUUCACGUACGCCAGGCGCUGGUCUUUCAUCACGGUGGCAUUCCCAUUACACUGUAUGUGAUUCGUGUUACCAACAAAGGAACAAAGGUUUUUCGUGUCCUCUUUGUAGAAAGGCAUAUCGGGCUGCCGCAUAUAGGGAAAUGGUUCAAUGUAGUGCAUGUAAAAAAUUUGUUCAUGGUACCUGUGACCCUGAGGCUGAUCCAUUAACUUACCAACAUCGUAAAGACGUUAAACCUGAUUAUGAAUAUGUUUGUCUACACUGCAAAAAUAUGGCACUUGUGAAAAGAAAAGAUAAUAUUGAUGAUUUUGGUGGAGAUUUGAGUUUAAGUGCGUCACAAGAAAGUCUGUAUGGUGAUGGAGAUUCGUCAGAAUUUGAUUAUCAAGGAGGAUCAGAGGAAGCACUAUAUUCUAUAGGUCUUGGAAAAGGAAAACCAUUCUGUGCGACUAAAAUUGCGAAGAAGCGCUUAGGACUCGGAGGUGGGAUAAUUGGCCGCCCGAAAGGAAUUGGUAAACUUGGAUAUCAAAAGCGACAAAAGAUGACAGAAUUUGGGAGGAAAAGAGGGCCCAAAGCAAAAAUGAGAGGUAUCUUUGGUGUACCUGGUGUAGGAUUGCAGAGACCAAUGUCAGACUCAUUUUCAAAAGAAGAUGAACCAGGGAUUGAAAAUAGACUCGUAUUAUGUUCUGCAAAAGAUAAAUUUGUAUUAACCCAAGAUAUUUGUGUAAUGUGUGGUGCAAUUGGUACUGAUCAAGAGGGGUGUUUAAUUGCUUGUGCGCAAUGUGGUCAAUGUUAUCACCCUUAUUGCGCUAAUGUCAAAGUUACUAAAGUAAUAUUACAAAAGGGUUGGCGGUGCCUUGAUUGUACAGUAUGUGAAGGUUGUGGUGAAAGAAACGACGAAGCUCGUUUGAUUUUAUGUGAUGAUUGUGAUAUCAGUUAUCAUAUUUAUUGCAUGGAUCCACCACUGGAUUAUGUGCCACAUGGUACAUGGAAGUGUAAAUGGUGUGCACACUGCCAAACAUGUGGUUCAAAUGAUCCAGGAUUUAAUAGUAGCUGGCAAAAAAAUUAUACACAGUGUGGUCCCUGUGCAUCUCACGCUGCCUGCAUAUCAUGUCAAGAAACAUAUACUGAAGGAGAUCUAAUAAUACAGUGCAUUCAGUGCGAAAGAUGGUUACAUUGCGCGUGUGACUCGAUUAAAAGCGAAGCAGAAGCAGAGAAAUGCGCAGAGGAAGGCUAUAUUUGUGUACUUUGUCGUCCAAGAGAUGUUCCACCGCCCCAUCUUUUAUGUAACCAACCUAAACCACAACCAAAUAAAUAUCCUCGCUCCCCGCCACCAGCAUCACGCAGUCCUGAACUGUACAAACCUUCCCCUCAACAAUACUUGGUUGAUGGCGUUUAUUUAUCUGAAGCUGGUAUGAAUCAUAUAAAAUCAUUAACAUCAGAACAUCAACAAACAAGGAAGAAAAGAAGAAAAAUGCAUCCCUUAAUUGACAAAGAAGCAGAUAUAAUGGCUACUAUAGAAUCUGUAGUUGCUGGUGGGAGUUUAGACAAUUCUUUAGAAGAAAAUGGAGGAAAAAUAGAUUUAACAGAUGUUAAAGAUGAACCUACAGAGGUACUCAAAGAAGGCAUGGUAUGGACACCACGUGGUGAUCAACCACCACCAGAAGGUUUUAGUAUUUACACAACUGAAAAUGGCAUACCAAUUUUAAGACGAAAACGGCAACGUAACUUGCAGAAAUUAGGCAUUGGAGGUUUUAUUGUUAGAAUAAGGGGUACUCGCAAAGAUAAAGAAGAAGAUGGAGAUCCAGAAAAGCCAUCAGAUUCCGUGGUCGGCGUGAACGAUGACAAACCACGCAGAAAACCACAGAGAAGAAAACCAAAGACAAAACUUUCUGAAUGUUUUCCUCUCUACAUGCAGGAGGCGUUCUUUGGUAAAGAUCUUAUGGAUACGACCAAAGAAAAGGAAUUGGAAAGCAGCAGCGAAUCGGAUAGCGAACGAAAUGUAUCCGGGAAUGCAGAUACCAUUCAGUUAUCUCAAGAUGAACUAAAAGCAAUGGAACAAGUCAAAGCUAAACAAGAGAAAGAAGAAGAGAAAGUACCUCCAGAACCACCCAUAAAACGUGAAGAAAUCGUGGAUGAUGAAGGUAGUGAUACCGAAGCCCUUGGUGACAUUUUACCUAUUUCAGGUGACUUACUUGAUAGUGAUCUUGUUAAUACUAUAAUGAAUGAACCGGAUGAAGACUUAGCUAAAGCUAGUGAAGCAUUAGAUGAGUUAGAUGAUACACCAGGGGCGACUAAAGAUGAACUGACUGAUAUUCUUAGUCCACAUUUCAAUCUGGAAUCAAUGGUCCGAGAUACAGGACUACCUAACAUGGACAGUAAAGAUAUUGAAGAAAUAUUCAAAGGAGUUUUAACUGAUGAAUCUCAAGAAUCUCAAGAAUCAUCAGUUUUCCCUGUUCAAGCUCAACCUCCACACCCUGCACCUUCUACCACACCACUUGUAUCUCCUUCACCACAUCCUGGUAUACAAACUACAAUGCCUAUACCUCAAAGACCUCAAGUACCUGGUACAUUGCCUCCUGUUGGUCAGUCUAAUCUGAAUUCUCCAAUGAGUUUUCCACCGCCGUCUCCUUAUCAUUCGGAAUACAGCAAUAGCCCACAAUUUAGUCCAGCUUUUUCUGAACCACCGAGUCCAUGGGUCAAUCAUGAUGAUGAGGGUACCUCAUCAGCGGGCAAUACUACAAUUUCAUACAACCAAAGAAGUAAUCUUAAAAUGGAAGCCGAUGAAGCUCUAGGUUCAGGAGCAACUAUAUCUUCUGUUCUUUAUGCAAAUCUUAAUCACCCAGAGUGGAAAACAGAAUAUCCGGCUUGGUCAGAAAGGUGUAAACAAAUACUAAAGAAGUGGCGUGCGUUACCUAACGAUAAAAAAGCUCCAUACCUAACGCUGGCACGAGAUAAUAGAGCUGCAAUUCGCAUGAAAAAAACUCAACAGAUAUCCAAGGAUAUACCAAGCACCACCCCAGUCACUGCAACAAGUGCACCUACCAUCAUCACCAAACCUGUAACAACUAUGACAUCAGCUCAAGUUUCUUCAGUAGUAGCUAUGGCCUCCAACCAAAGGCAGAUUGGGCUUUUGACCUCAGUGGGCAGUGAAAAGACACAGGAAAAGAAUGGAAUGACUGUGUCGACAACAGGAGUGACAGUAUCAACAGUUAGCAGUAAUCAUCAUGCGGAGGUGUGUGCGGUGCAGGGACCGCCGAAGCAGCUAACAUCUACUUCCCCAAGUCCUUCUCCAACAUCCACAACCCCUUCUUCUUCACCCAGGCCCAGUUCUGUGAAUUCUAUUAAUUCCAUUAACAGCCUGGCGCACCAAGAGAUAUCCGGUAGCCAGGCUAGAGUAGCUCAGUCGCCAGCCACGCCUUGCACAUCAGCAACUGCUUCUUCUUACUGCAACACGGGCGCCGGUGAAGGGCAGCAUCAAACAUCACCAUCCCAGCAACGUCCUACACCUGCUCACAUUACGAUCAGUACCAGUACUAUCGCUAACAGUCUGAGCAUUUCUCAGGCAUCCCCCACUACCAACGUUAUGGUGGGAGUAGGUCCUGUACGCCAAUUAUCCUCGGUAGACCACCAGAUUAGAGUGCUCACCCCAUCUGAAAUCAUGCGCACCCUUCCUUCCCUCAGCCAGGAGCACUACGAUCCGCCACCCACUGCAAUUAUUCACACUGUACCUGUACAGUCCCCGGCUAUGGAACAAGAGAGACUUUCCAAUAGAGAUCGUUCCAGUAGAGAAGCUGAACAGGAACGUCAAUGGAAACAAUUGCAAGCACUACGUCAACAGCAAGCACAUAUGCAGCAACAAGUUAUUCAUGACCAACGUAUACAUGCUAUCAACAGAGUCCAUAGACAAAUAAGUGAAGAUAAUACAACUCAAAUAAAUACUGACAAUACUACUGGAUUAACGACACAAUUACAAGUCUCCACAUCACAGGAUGGAAACCAUAUGGGGCCACUAGCUUCACAGUCCCCUGGUUCACGUAAUACAUUUGCGACUCCUCCCGUAAAAGUUACACGAGGUUUAGCACCUCAAAGCCCUCACCAGGGUAUGCCACGUUUACCUAAUCAACCUUGUACAACUAUGACACGUCCAGUUGGAACUGUGGUUAGACCGGGGAUGCCAAAUAACUUUACACAACCGCCCUCUCCAUUUUCUCCGCAAGCACCACAAUCUCCUCACGAUUUUCCACAGUCUCCAGCUUCAUCACAAUCCCAGGACCAUUUUCAACGUUUUGACAAUACCGAAGCUUACUCUCAAGGUUCUCAAACAUCUAGGUCACAAAUCGGUGGCACAUCAAACUAUUCCACCUCCCCAAGAAGCGAUGUCUUUUCUCAACCGCCAGGUACGCCACGGCCUAUGUUUAAUGCUCCCACUACUCGUCCUUCUACUCAUGUAUAUGCUCCAUCUCGUACGCCUGAUCCUUAUAGUAGCCAGCCUCCCACUCCUUCUCCCGCUUCAAAUUAUUCCUCACCAAGACCGGAACCUCGACAAGAUUCGCAACAGCCUGAAGUGUUCAAUCAACAACCAGAAGUAAACAGGCAAUUACGAGAUCUGUUGCAAAGACAACAGUUUAAUAAAAAAAUAGAGCCUGUGAGCACUACAUGGAAUCAAGAUGGUCAAAGUAGUACAGAAAGCAAUCAACAACAAUUUGAUACGGGUCAUGUACAACUUCCACAACAUUCUCAAGCGACAAAUAAUACUGGUGAAGGCACUUUCAGGCAUCCUCUACCACCUGGUAUUGUUAGACCUAGGAUGCCCAUCCAAUCAAAUGUUUUGAUAAGAAAUCAAAUUGGAAUAAAUACAAGACAUCCAGUAGCAGGAAAUAUAGAUGCCAGGAUACAGAAUAUAGAUCCACGAACUAGAAUGAUUUUGCAAAGACCACAAGUAGCUGCAACUAUAACUCAACAGCAUUUUCAAGGAAACCAAGCUUUGCAAACACGAAUGCCAGCUGCAAGAAAUACUAUUACAGAACCUUAUGACGUUUUACAACAACAAAGAUUUCCAGAUCCCAAUCAAGGGCAAAAUAUAACGCAACGGAUAGUGCGAACAUCCCAGGAUAAUCUAAAUCAGGGAAUUAGAAUGUUAGGUCAGCAAGGAGUUAGUAUAAGAGCACCUUUGAUACCAGCAACAGUUAGUGAAACUACUGUUAGUCCUUCUGAACCAUCAGAAAUUCCUGACAACGUCACUGCAGAGCUUGAGAAAUUAGAACAAGAGGGAGCACCGAUGGUUGAGGUUGAGGGCGUGAGUGCAAUAUUAGGAGACCUAGGCGAUGAUGAUGAUGAACUGCUUGCUGAAAUGGGAGCAGAUUUUAAUAUUUUGGAAUACGCAGAUCCCGAAUUAGGCAACAUAACUGGUGGUGAGAAAACAAAUAUACUUGAUUUAGAUUUAGAACCAGUUGAGGUAGAGACGAAGGACGAAAAACAAAAGAAGGAGAUUAAGGACGAGGAGCGAAAAUCGACAGAAUUAGGCGCAACGAGUGCGGUGCACACUGACAUAAGUGACACGUGUACGACAGCUACUGUACAAACGCCGACAGAAACGUCUAAUGCUCCAACACAAGCACAAACAGUAACACCUAUUACCGCAACAUCACAAACACCACAGCAACCGUCCACGAUUAUGCCUCAAUCACAUGCUCAAGCUGUUGUUGUACAACAACAAAUGCAUCAGCAUGUGCAGCAAGCUGCGGCAAUGGGCAGACCUAUGCCUCCAGGAACUCGCUUGCUUUCGCCUGAUGGAGCAGUUGGCGUUGUUACAUCAACUAACACCGUUACGGUUAGUUAUCCGUCCACAUUUCCUGGACAUCCUCAGAGAAUACCACAAACACAUAUCCAAGUACCUCAACAACAACAGCGUGUUGUAGCUGGGAUGAGAGUAGCUGUACCAAAUGUUGCUAACAGGGUAGUUGCUGUAAAUCAUAUGAUUGGCCCACGUAUGCCCCUUGCACCACCGCCGCCACCACCUCCACCUCCGUAUCCUGGACCACCACCCCCUUAUCCCGGACCCAUACAGAUGGGGCUGUGCCCAGGUGGGCGGGGUAUGACGCGGCCCCCAGUCCAUAUAGGGCAUUCAGUACCGGUGGCGGGUCCACCAAUGGCCCCUGUGGUACAUACUGGUACGCCCGCAAUGACACCUCACCCUCACCGAAGACCCUUGCUUCUGCAGUGGUGUUCACAGGAACAACCAUUAUUGUUGGAGGAGUUGUUGGAGCAAGAGAAACGAGAACAAGAAAAGCAACAACAGCAGCAGCAACAGCAACAACAGCAGCAGCAGCAGCAACAACAAAGCGACAAUACAACUCCUGGAGGACCACUUCUAAGUGACAGUGAGUUAGAACAAUUUAAAGCAGAUGUUUUGGGUUCUGCACCCCUUGCUUCUCCUCCACAAGGAAUUACAUCAGUACCUGGAGGAGUUCCUGUAAUUAGGCCACCUUGUACAUCAAGCCCAUCAUCCGCUCCAGGUACCAGUUGGCAACAAGCAGUACCGGAUGCAACGAAAGUAGCAGCUCAGGUCCCUAGACAACCGAUUGCAACACAGACUCCACCGGAACCGAGGGUUGCCACGUUUAAUAUCUCCCAAAUUCCUGCUCCACCUACACCACCGGAAAAUAUCGUGAACGAACAGGACCGUCAAAUGCAACUGCAGUACGAGCAAUGGCUAAACCAUCAGCAUCAAGUGUUGUUACAGCAGUUGAAGUAUUACGAAACUGAGGUACAAAAGCUGCGUAAAAUACGAAAAUCUCUCAAUAGCAAACAGCGACAGUUACGGAAGUCUGGCAACGAGUUAACGGAGAAUGAUGCGGCCGAGCUACAGCGUAUUUCCAGUGAGCAAGCAAUAUUACAAAAGCAUUUAGACGCGAGUCGCAAGCAAACCCGUCAGCACGGUAUGCUGAUACAGGAAUAUCACAGUAAACAACAACAGAGACAACCUCAGCAACAAGCCAAUGAACCAUGUUCACCAUUAAUGUCGCCUUCUCAACAUUCACCGAUGCAUAGUCCUGCUGCUCUCGUUUCUCAAAGCCCAGGCCCUGGAAACGUUUCAACAAGUAUGAUACAACAUUCACCAGCGACUCCUAUCAUCCAGCAUAGUCCUAACACACCUUUGUUGCAACACAGUCCUGGUAAUCCACAGUCUGGAAAUCCAGGAACAAUGUCGCCACAUAAUAUGCAACAAUCUCCUAGAAUUAGUACUCCACACUCACAGAACGAAGAAAGCCCCUUUAGUCCUGGCGCCAUGCCUUCGCCAGGAAUAUGUGGUCCUUCGGCAACUCGAAUGACAUCUCCGCAGCAUCGUGCGAUUAUCAGUGGAAGACUUGCAACUAGUCCAGGUGCUUUUACUCCUGAUACACGAAAUACGCAACAAAUCAUCGGCGAACAAGGAGUCAGAGUUCACGGUCUCUCACAACGUUUCGUGCGUCCACCCGCCGUUGGAGAACCUGGACAAAGGCCCAGGAUGCCAUUACAAGGAGGGAUCGUAUACGGACAACGUUCCCCUCUUGGAAGUCCACAACCUAACCAACAAUCUCUAAUGAAUCAACAACAACAAAUGCUCCAAAGACAGCAAAUUAUUCAACAGCAACACGAGACUACUUCGAUUCUUCAAGAUGGACAAAAUGCAAUGACUCAGCGUACGCUGCAAAUAGCACAACAGAGACAACAAUUGUUACAACAACAACAACAGCAACAAAUAGUUCAACAACAGAGGCAACAAUUUCUGCAAAUGCAACAACAGCAACAGCAACAACAUACAAUGCAGAAACCUCCAAGUUCUCCAAUGGUGUCUCAACCUGCUAAUUCUCCGAGUCCCCAGCUCCAUCAACAAAUGCAACAGAACUAUGGACAACCUCCAAGUUCUCCCAUGCCUCGUAGUCCCAUGGUUCAGCAAACUAUGGGCUCACCUAUGCUGCAACAGCAGUUGAGUCAAACUUCACAACCUCCCAGUCCUAUGAACACAAGGAUUCAUCCACACCCACCUAAUUCGCCAAUGAUAUCGCAGUAUCAACCACCAAGUCCGAUGUCGCGUAACCAUCCGUCAACAUCUCCCAUGCUCCAGCACCAGUUAAACAACACUCAUCAUCCUCCAACGUCUCAGCCUCCUAGUUCUCCUAUGCCACGUAGUCCCAUGGUCGGUGGCUCACCCAUGCAAAUGCAAAGAAGACAAUCUACUGGAAAUAGUCCAGCGAUGCCAGAUCGACCACAAAGCGUAGAAAAUCCAGGAACGCCAAGAACACCGCACACUCCACACACACCACAUACACCACAUGGCUCUUAUACGACUCAAACUUCGAGUAACCACACAGUACCAAGUGAUCAACAGCAACAAUUACAACAUCAGCACCAACAGCAAUCUAUUCAACAAGAGCAGUCGUCUGCAACGGAUCACACGAAUAGGGGCGGAGGAAAUCCACAUAAUCCAUUAAAUCCAUUGCCUUUUGGACGAUUUGGAUAUAUUAAGCUUGGGUUAAGAGGUGGUUCUCCUAUGUGGUCUACUAAACCGGAGAGUAGUAAAGGGAAGACUUCCGAAUCGCAUCUUUUAAAUAUGGACGAGAAACCGAACACAUCUGUGGUUGUUCACAGGAAAACCGGCAUACCACAAUCAAAAAUUAAUUCAUUGGUAUGCGCUGAUUAUAAUGACUUUGAUGACGACUCGCAUACACCACCUCAAACUCCACCAACAAGUUUGGAAAUCAAACAAACCACUUCAUUAUCAGACAAUGGACCUCUAACAUUGGGUAGUCCGAGCAGCAAGAUGGAGCCGAUACCUGAUACUACUGAUUAUGAUGACGAUAAAACUAUCGUAAAUACAGAAGUGACUUUGAGCUCAACAGCUCAACGAGACAGCGACGAUAUUACUGUUAUAGAUCAAUUUGGAGAUUCGGAACUCGUAGACGUGAUAUCAGGAACGUUGGAAGGUGAUAUGCAGGAGGAAUAUGUGCUUUUUGAGCCAGGAAUGGUCGUAGACUUAUCAGCAGAUAGUAAUGAUUCUCUUUGUCACGCAUUGGUUAACGAAGGUAGUCAAGGACACGACUUAGUGCAAAUAUUAGAGAUAGAAAAUCCCGAAUCUCAGACAGAUGAACCGAUGUUGAGUGACGAAGAUUUAGUACCCUCUCAUACGAGAAACAAGAAAGGUCUGAGACUUGAUAUAGUAAGAACUUUACAAUCUGGGAAAAGAUUGGUAGCAGUCACAGAUACUCCAGAAUCGCCUGAUCAGGAAGAACUUCGCGUAGACCCAUCGCCCGGAUCUUAUAUGGAUCAAUCGCCCGAGCAAGACCUCAUGGUGUCUUUCGUUAGCGAAUCCGAGGUAGUAAUUAUCGAUCCCAGUACAAAAUCACCUGAGGAUAAUUUAUCUAAAGAAUCAUGUGCAGAGGAAGUAGACAAAGUUGAUACCACUAGCGUUUCUGAAACACCAAAGGAAAAUGCUAUUGUAGAAAAUGCUGCUGAAGAUCAAUCAAAAACACAAAAAGAAUCAAAACCAAAUAGGAGUCCUACGUCGUUUGUGUUCUCUGACAAAGUUCUUUACAAUCAAAUCCCACCAUCGAGUAUACAUCAUGCUAACAUUGGCGUAUCAUCUACAUGUAGAUCUAUAGUUUCUUUUUCAGCCUCUUCGAAUAUAAGUGUUAGUACCGAAAAUACGAACGCUAUCACCACAUCCACCAGUGUACUCAUAGCGACAGAUGCAACUAUUAAAUCAACUCCGAUAUUUACAACCUUAAGCAUAACGAAAGAAGUAGUGCCUCCUUCUUUUAAUAAUCAAAAACAAUUGCCAUCAACUAUGGCGAGCAUCGUGGCGGAUGCCAAAAUUGCUGCUAAACUUAGUCAGACAGCUUUGGAGAAUAUCGUAGUUACCUCACAGCAAAAUAUUGUCAAGACCGAUGCCUUAACUCGAAUUAGUUCACAAAAUACGGAGAUUCUUAGACCUCAGAUUACAAGUACGGAAAGAACCAUGUCAUCAGUGACUAAUGUACAGAAUGAUUUCACCAGUUUCGUGCAAAGUAUUGCCACAAGUGCAAUGGAUGGAUCAAGCAAUCCUACGAAGUUGGUUUUGAGCGUGCAACCGACGUCGGUCACGUUAUCGACACCAAAAAUGUCCAUACCUGAUCUUCCUAAGAAAGAAAAUGGAAAUAACUCUGUUACUGUGUCGAAGGAGAAUAAAUUGGAAAUAUUGGAUAAAAGCGUGAAAGUAAAAAAUGAUAAAGAUGAACCUGAUCAUUCGACAAAAAAUUCAGAAGAAUCCAGUGUAGACACUUUGAGUAUAAGCAUACCUACAAGUGUAACUGUUAGUCAAGAGUUAGCUAUUUCUGAUGAUAAGAAAAAUGAUCCUUUGAAUACUACUGAUGAAUUGGAAAGUAUGCUUGAGGCUAUCCAUAACCCUGCUGAAAACACCAUAAGUAGGGAGAAUUCUCAUACAGAAAACAAAGCAGAUACCGCUUCUUCAUUGAAAAGGAUAUCACCAGUCACAGAUGAUUUAUCAUUGGUGAAUAUUUUGGAGAAUGAUUCAGAACCAGUUGAAAAUGAAAAUAAAGAGGAAAGUGUAACAACUUCUGAAGCUCAAAGAAUGAGUAUUAAAUCCAAAGGAAUUGAAACCAGCAUUGCAGAAAAUACUAAUAUGAAUGUCCCUCAGAAAGAAAAAAAACAUAAUGAAUUGUGUACAGAAAUUGACACCUGUAAACCUUAUGUACAGCAUUGCCUCAAUGAAGAGAAGAGUAUAAUGGAAGAAUCAUCCGAAGAUAUAUUGGACAUGUUGCAUAACAUCAUAUCCUCUAAGCCAGAAAUGGCUAACAGCGAAAUGCUUCAGGAAGACAGAUCCAGAAAGUCUAGUAUGAUGUAUGAAUUGCCAACACCUUUAGAUACUUUACCUCUGAACAUCCUUCAAGACCCUUUAAUGGAUCUAGAACAAGAACACUCCGACAAUGAACACCUCUUGUCAAACGAGAACAAAGGACCAAAGGUACAGAAGGCCAGUCCACCUCCUGUAGAAGCAGUCCCUAAGAAGAGCUCGCCAAUCCCACACCAGAGUAUUCCCUUAGUAGCAAGUACUAUAGCGCAAUUACAGAAAUCCACAACGACAGUGCCGCAUCUUUCUCCUCUGUCAAAACCCACAGAACUGACGUCAAACGUCGCCAAUGUGUCGCACCAGCUGAGAACGUUGCUUUCUUCUCUACAGACGAAUCAUUCGCAAAAUUGUUCGACCGUAAAUCAAACCGCCAUCGUGACAAUGGUAUCCUCAGCGAUCUCAGGGCCAAAAGUAGGGAACAUACUAUCUACGACCACAUCCACGCCAAACUCUGUAAAUAAUCUACACAGCAGCACGAACGCGCGACUACAGACCUCAAUGACCACGUCUCAUUCUACUAGCACGAGCAAAGCUGAACUAGAAACCACGACGACCAAUUACACCCCGCAUACAAAGGAAAGUACAAAUUCUACAGUAAGCGUUGUUUCUACUUUGUCUAAGGUUACUUCCUCGGAACCAUUUUUACGAGUUACAUCCAGCGGUGUACAGUCGCAAACUAGUGGUAGUCUGUCUCUACAAACGUCGUCCGUGAUCACCCCCAGGCCACCGACCAAUUCAGGUAUUUCGAUUACGUCAAACGCAAUGUUAAACGCAAUGUUAGCUGGUACAAAUUCAGCGAAAUCUUCUAUGGCUGGUCAUCGAACGAAUACAGCUCCUACGCAAGCAAGUAACCUAUUGAGCUCGGUGAUGGCAACUUCUGUGCAACGGACCCAGAAUCUCCAAGCGAUUCUGCAAGUAAGUUCAGGCUGCUCCUCGGCAUCUUCUCGCGUGGUUGUGAAUGCCACGUCAACGACAGUUACAACAUCCAUGCAAUGCGUCAGAACUAUCGUACCUCCUAUAGUCACUGCAAGCACCAACAAUAUUAACGUUACCACCAGUAUACUCCAGUCUACCCUGUCUCAAACACCGACUCUUUUGCAUUCUCAGCUCACUUCUGGCCAGAGCCAGUACAAAACAACCAGCCAUUUAGAGCACACUAAAAGCGCUGAUCUUGAGAGACUGGCGCAGAGUACACCAUCAAAGAAAGAGCCAGAAGAAUCCAACAGCAAACCGCAAUCGGCUCUUGAAAAACCGCCAGCUACUAGAUCCGAAUUGGAGAUAACCAAAAGCUCUGCUGGUUCUCACAGAAUCGAGGAGUCCCAAAAUGUAUUGUUGAAGCAACUGCUACAGAACACCGCGUGUGCAACGACUACUUUGUGUUCUGGUUCCUCGCAAGGCCCUAGUUUGCCAUUAGUACCAUCUUUGGAGGCGCAAUUAGCGAGGCCCGUGCCGCCAACUCCGUUCUCCGUGUUACCACCUUUAUUGAAGGAGGUACCGGCACCUAAAACUACUAGUAAUAAACAAGUUUUAAACAGGGAGACGUCGUUCUUGUCGCAAUCAGUUACACCUUUGAAAGUGCAAAGUCCACCGACCAAAGAAGAAACACCGAAACCACCUCCGCCGCUAACAACUUCUGCACCAGUCUUGUCUCAACAACGCGUGGCUGACACAUUUCCAAAGCAACAGAUAACUACUCAGCCUACGAAGACCACUCCUGUUUUGACUCAAGCAAACCAGCAACCAGCAAUGACAGUAACCAAACAAGUGCCACCACCACCACUUACAAAGGCCUCGGAAACAACAACUCCCAUAAAACAAGAACCACCUAGUAUUACCCAGCCACCACCUAAACAAACGAGCGAUGUUAUCGUUAAUAACACUGUUACAAUUCCACAACAAUGUAUUGUAUCAACUCCAAUAACCGUGUCACGAGUGGUACCACAUACAAAACCAGUGAUUACAACGAUGGUUGGCAAGAGUAUCCAGUCCACGACGCAGGUAUCGAGUACUGUCCAAGCCACACAGCAACCAUUGACGACGGUUACGACCGUGCAGCAACCACCACAGACACAACCACAGACUCAAUCCCAGAUACCAGUUACCCCGAAACCCAUUGUUUCGACCCAGCAACAACCCUCACACGUAAACACAAUACCGCCAUCAGUGCCUCAUACGGUGUCUCACACGGUGGGCCACCAUGCCCAGGCGUCACAGGGUGCAAAUGCACAACACACAGUGCCUUUAGUGGAAGUCAAAAAGGAAGUUCUUGAUGAAGUUCUAUCUAGCGGUACACCUACCCAAUUAACCGAUACCAAAGACUUUCUUACUGCCAAAGAGGAGCUUAUCGAUGGAUCGAUUGACGACAAAACUGAUCUCAAGAAGUUGAAAAGGCGACAGUAUCAACAGAAAAGGAAGCAAAGCCAGGGGAAGGAUGCGACGGCAGCACCUCAGAAAAAGCGUGCUAGAAAAGUGUCCCGCUUAGACGAGGAUUAUGACACGUUCAUUGACAAUUUAAUGGCACAAUUGCGGCAACUUCAGCCAAUGGCAGUAUUAGAACCACUUCUAGGCAGAAAUUAUGGCGUUUGUCCUAUCUUUGGGUCGGGAGAUCUGACGAAAAUCGGCAGUCAGAAAGAUUACAACACCAGAACAGGAGAUUUAGUUGGUUCAUACGGAUCUGCUACAUUGCCGGGUGUAUCUGAUCACUACAACACUCAACCAUUCGGUGAAUUGGAGCCCUUACCACCUCAACAGCCUGCUUCUACUCAGAGAGGAUUUUACGAUCAAGAAUUUCCACCUCUAAAAUUGGAUGAUUCUGACGAUAAGAAAGAAAAUUCCAUGUCAAUGAACCGUGAUGUCGAUUCUCCCGACACGAUAGUCAGUUCAUCUUCGCCCGAAUGUGUCAUUCCGGAAUUUAUACAUCGAUUCCCGGGUUUGAGGUUGAUCGAAGAGGAGUCGGACGAGGAAUCAGAUUGGCUGAAACGAGUGUCACCCGUGAUACCUUUAAUCUCACCGAUACCGAUUAGAUUGAAACCGACGUACGUCGGUAAAGACAUCGCAAAACAAGAUAAAGAGAAUUUAGGAAUACCACGGCUCGGAAAGUCACCUCCAAUACCUUUGAGGGAUGGAAACGUAACAGUUACAUUAACGUUGAAUAGUCAGGCUGCAGACGACAUUAUGGGAGUACUUAAAGAUUUGGCUAAUAUCUUAAAUAUAGCUCCUCCCACUGGUUACCAGAUUGUAGAACGUACUACCACUCCCCCUAGUCAGAAAUUAGGUCUUUAUAGAAUCAAGGGAAAAGAUGGUAAAGAGGGAGGUGUGUAUUUCAAUGCAAUACAAAUUACUAACAAAGCUCCAAUUGAUAUACAAAGUAUUUUGAACGGCGCCGCCAAAUUCUGUCGUCAUUGCGAUGUUGUGAUAUUGAAUAGCUUAAUAAGAAAGAAAGUAUCUGAUUUACCAUUUUUAAGUAAGGAAGAGGCUGAACCCGGUGAUGAAUUAUGUUUCUGUUCAGCAGCCUGUUACAUGCAAUUUGCCCUUAUGCAUAGAACACCUUCGAACACACAAGAUAAGGCUGCAACGAUAGUAGACCAUCUAUGUCAUAAAAUAGAUACUAAAAUAUUGGAUGAUGAUUUCAAGAAAGGGAAAAAAUAUGUGGUCAAACAGCCGGUGGAUCAUGUUGAAAAUAUGGAAAUUGAUCAGACAGAGAAGGAAACCGAAGUGAGGAUAAAAAUGGAGAAAGAAGAGCAGGAUGUCAUCGAGACGAAAGAGGAAAUCACAGAAGAGAAACGGCCAAAGAAACAUUUGGCUACGGAAGAGUCUAUAACUGAACCGACUGAGAUACAACCACCUGUAAAAGUAUGGAGAGGUCUACGAUAUAAGACGUGGUCUGUUGGCUUGAUGCAACCUUCAAUCAAAUACAAAAAACCAACCGAUAAAGAAAUUACAGAAAUGCUUUUCCGAAUGGGGGUAACCGUGGUACCUGCCAAAACGGAAGACAGUCGACGAUGCAUGUUUUGCCACAGUCAAGGUGAUGGUACAGCCGAUGGUCCCGCUAGACUUCUUAAUUUUGAUGUUGACAAAUGGGUGCAUUUGAAUUGUGCCCUUUGGUCGGAAAAUGUAUAUGAAACUGUAAAUGGUGCCUUGAUGAAUCUCGAUACCGCUUUGCAACAUAGUCUUGUAUUAAAUUGUAUUGUUUGCGAGAAACCGGGAGCUACCGUAAAAUGUUUUAAAAUGCGCUGCACCAACGUGUACCACCUUGGCUGCGCUGUUAAAGAUGGCUGUGUUUUUUAUAAGAAUAAGAGUACCUAUUGCUCUCAGCAUGUACAAAAGAACGAAAAAGAUAACGAAUUAACCACGCUUUCCGUAUACAGAAGAGUGUACGUGAAUCGUGACGAGAAUAGACAGGUCGCAGCUGUGAUGCAUCAUUCGGAACACAAUCACCUGCUGAGAGUUGGAAGUCUGAUAUUUUUAAGCGUCGGACAACUGCUUCCACACCAGCUUGCCAACUUCCAUACCCCAAAUUACAUAUACCCCGUCGGAUACAAAAUCGUUAGAUUUUAUUGGAGCAUGAGACGGCCAAACAAACGUUGCCGUUACGUCUGUUCUAUCCAUGACGUUUCUGGUCGACCCGAAUUUCGCGUCCUGGUGCAAGAACCUUUACAAGAGGAUGUUGAACUUCGCGACGCUACUCCUCGCGCUGUUUGGAGCAGGAUACUCGAACCUCUCGCUGAGCUACGAAGAUCAACGCACAGCGUCCAACUAUUUCCGCGUUACGUUUCCGGCGAAGAUUUGUUUGGACUUACCGAACCAGCGGUCGUCCGUGUUCUCGAAAGUCUUCCAGGCAUUGAAACUCUGACCGAUUACAGGUUUAAAUACGGUCGAAAUCCCUUAUUAGAAUUACCGUUAGCGAUCAAUCCCACCGGCAGCGCAAGAACGGAAGCUCGUCUUCGCAAUCAGCUCCCUUGGAAGAGGCCUCACACGCAGCGCACAGGCUCAUCGGCCCGAGCAGCUUUUGUUCCAACUGCGACUGUCGCAGGCGAAGUGGCGUGCCCCUAUUCCAAACAAUUUGUGCAUUCGAAGAGUUCUCAGUACAAAAAGAUGAAGCAAGAGUGGCGGAACAACGUAUAUCUGGCGCGCUCCAAGAUCCAAGGUUUGGGACUUUAUGCCGCGCGCGAUCUAGAGAAACACACAAUGGUCAUUGAAUACAUCGGAGAAAUCAUUCGUACUGAAUUGGCCGAGACUAGGGAAAAGCAGUAUGAAGCAAGGAAUCGUGGUAUUUAUAUGUUUCGCUUGGAUGAAGAGAGAGUGGUCGAUGCCACGUUGUGUGGUGGUCUCGCAAGGUACAUCAAUCACUCUUGUAACCCGAAUUGUGUCGCUGAAAUCGUUGAGGUUGAACGUGAUCUUAGAAUUAUAAUCUUUGCAAAGCGAAGAAUCUCACGUGGCGAGGAGCUGGCAUAUGAUUACAAAUUCGACAUCGAAGAUGACCAGCACAAGAUAGCAUGCGCGUGUGGCGCGCCUAACUGCCGCAAGUGGAUGAACUAAAAAGCUCGAUCCACCGUUGUUAUUGUUACUACGUUAUUGGGUAGGUUUUACAUGAAGAAAAAAUUAUAUAUAUAUAUUAUAUAUAUAAUAGACACAUUAUUUAAUUUGUAAAGUGCCAUUGCAGUUUGACUAAUUGAUUCAUAGUGAAGUUGGUGCUAUGCCAUCACAACAUUCCUCCAAAGUUGUACAAUAUUAGUUUUACUUUACAAAACAUAGAAACAUUUAUCGCUUGUAUAUUACGGACACUCUUUAAGAACGCGACACGAAGUAAUUGCAAAAAAAAAAAAUAAAUUUUAUGGGUCGUGUGUAUGUAUACAGGAAGUUUGUAUCUUUGUAUGUUGAGUAGAGUCAACGUUUAGUUGACCGAUAUUGUAAUAUAAAUCGUUUAUUAAUUAUUAUUGCAUACACAUUGCACUGUAUUUGUAAAUAAGUAGAGGUCCAUGUUAUUUUGAAUCACCAGAUGAAUUAUGUAAAGUAACAGUAUCUAAUUUAGAAUUAUAUACGAUUAUGACUAUAUAUAUAUAUAUAUAUUUCAUUAUAUGAUAAUAAAUCCGUACAAAAUCUA